ACAAAUAUGAAUUCGUAUAAAGUCUAAAGCUAUAAAUACAUGUGUGAAGAGUAAAUUUGUUUAUUUAAUUUGCAAAUAACCAUACAAAUAACCCUUAUAUAUGGCAAAAGUUGGUAAAGGCAUACAAGCAUGUUUAUCAUGGGUUCAUGAAAGAGGUGGUCGUGUACCAUCGAAUGCUGUGGAAGCUGGUGAUGGAGUUUACAUAGCUCGCAUGUAUCAUUCUGGUGAUUUAAUCCCUGGAAAAUUGGUACCACAUUUGGGUAAAGCAUAUGCUAGUUACGGUGGUAAAGAAUAUGAAUUCGAUUCCUAUGAAGUGUUGUGCGAUACAAAAUUACCUUUUCGAUCUCAAAACUGUUACAUGUGGGAACGACACAGCUGUGGAAAUGUUCCAAAAUAUGCUGUCGUUGGUGGUAUUACCUCUUCUGAAGAGGCGUUGUACAUUGCUCGUGAAUAUAUUGACGGGGAACGUGUAGUUGGAAAGGUACAUGAAGGACAUGAAUGUGCCUACUUCCCUUAUGGUGGUGAAGAAAGAAAACUGCAUCAUUAUGAAGUUCUUGUAUUGAUUAAAUGAUAUCAUGGAAAAGAGUGUCUCCAUCACAUCAGCAUAAUAAAUUUCCUUCAGUGUCAUUAUUUUUAUUUGUUGAAUCAGUAAAGUUUAUACGUAUUUUAUCUGUCAUUACUUAUUACAUGAUGGUUGAAAUCUUAAUGAAAUAGUCUUGAAAUCAAGUAAUAAAUUGGUUUUCACCUCUUGCUAAUAUUAUCAUUACAAAGGCUCUCAAAUGAAGUUCUGUGAAUAUGUUAAUAACCUCUUUUACCGAAAUAAAACUGUAUUGCUUCUCAA